AUGAUGAUGAUGAUGAUGAUAUCAUUGGGAGAAUUUAAGGUAAUUGAUGAUGAUGGUGAUGAUGAAGAUGAAGAUGAAGACGAAAGGAACUCAUUGGAGUUUCAAGACAAGAAGAAGAUUAUAUCAUUGGGAGAAUUGAGGGCCAAUGAUGAUGGUGAUGAUGAUGGGUUUAAGACUCCAACAUCAUUGGAUCAUAAAAUCCCAGUGAUGAAACAAUGUCCACCAGCACCAAGGAAACCAAAGCCACUCUCCUCAAAUAAAAGGAAACCAUCAUCGCCGCCAUCAUCAGGUGGUGAUAGGAACCUGCUGAAAAUCGACUUUGCCAAAGAGGUGGAGUCUUUGUUUCCUAGUGAUGUUCUUGCUGAUACACACCGCAAGGUCAAGAAAGCUCGUAAAGAAGAUUAUAAUCAAUGA